AAAGUUCAACCUCACUGUAUUCGCUCUCCAAGUUUUCAACAAGCUGAUUCAUAAAUUAAGCAUGGGGUCUCCAGCAAAUAUUCUUAUGGGUUUUGUGUUUGUUAUGGUCUGUCUUUGGGUUUUUCCAGAGGCUGCCGUGGCCACUUCAAACCAUGCCAGCAUUACAAGGCACUACACCUUCAACAUAAAAUUGAAAAAUGUGACUCGGUUGUGCCACACAAAGAGCAUGGUGACAGUCAAUGGGAAAUUUCCUGGUCCUCGUGUUAUUGCCAGAGAAGGUGACCGUGUGGUGGUUAAAGUGGUCAAUCAUGUUCCAAAUAACAUCAGCAUUCACUGGCAUGGAGUUCGACAACUUCAAAGUGGAUGGGCAGAUGGACCAUCUUAUAUAACACAGUGUCCUAUUCAAACAGGCCAAAGCUAUGUAUACAACUUCACCAUUGUUGGGCAAAGAGGAACACUCUUCUGGCAUGCACAUUUCUCAUGGCUUAGGGCAACUGUCUAUGGACCCCUUAUCAUCCUCCCAAGGCACAAUGCUUCUUACCCAUUUCCCAAACCAGACAAACAAGUCAUCAUCAUGCUUGGUGAAUGGUUUAAUGCUGAUCCUGAGGCAGUAAUUAAUCAGGCUUUACAGACCGGAGCUGGCCCAAAUGUCUCCGAGGCUUACACCUUUAAUGGACUACCAGGCCCAUUGUACAACUGUUCCGCAGAAGACACCUACAAGCUAAAAGUGAAGCCAGGAAAGACAUAUCUUCUUCGUUUGAUCAAUGCUGCACUCAACGAUGAGCUCUUUUUCAGCAUCGCAAACCACAGUUUGACUGUUGUUGGAGCGGAUGCAACUUAUGUUAAGCCUUUUCAGACUAAUAUCUUACUCAUUACACCAGGACAGACCCUGAAUGUACUUCUUAAAACCGAGUCGAAUCCCCCAAAUGCUACAUUCUAUAUGUUAGCCAGACCAUAUUUCACAGGCAUGGGCACAUUUGAUAAUACAACUGUAGCUGGCAUCCUUGAAUAUGGAACCUCUUCUUCCACAAAUACUAAAAAUCGUACAAUUUUAAAACCAUCUCUUCCUCCCAUCAAUGCUACAAAUUUUGUUGCCAAUUUUACAAGCAAAUUUCGCAGUUUGGCAAAUGCUCAAUUCCCAGCCAAUGUGCCUCAAACUGUGGACAAAAAGUUUUUCUUCACAGUAGGACUAGGAACCAACCCCUGUCCCAAAAAUCAAACAUGUCAAGGUCCUAAUGGCACAAAAUUUGCAGCAUCAGUGAACAACAUUUCCUUUGCUCUACCAACAACAGCACUACUUCAAUCCUAUUUCUUUGCGAAAUCUAAUGGGGUAUAUACAACUGAUUUUCCUAGCGUUCCUUUGCAUCCAUUCAAUUAUACAGGAACACCACCAAAUAACACAAAAGUUAUAAAUGGUACAACUAAAACUGUGGUGCUACCAUUUAAUACAAAGGUUGAAGUAGUGAUGCAAGACACUAGCAUUUUGGGUGCUGAAAGCCAUCCUCUACAUCUUCAUGGCUUCAAUUUUUACGUUGUUGGUCAAGGUUCUGGUAACUUCAAUCCUAAAACGGACCCUGCCAAUUUUAAUCUCGUUGACCCUGUUGAAAGGAACACCUUUGGUGUGCCAUCAGGUGGUUGGGUGGCAAUUCGUUUUCUAGCAGAUAACCCUGGUGUUUGGCUUCUGCACUGCCAUUUUGAUGUCCACUUGAGCUGGGGCUUAAGGAUGGCUUGGAUUGUCCUGGAUGGAAAACUCCCAAAUCAGAAGCUGCCUCCUCCACCGUCUGAUCUCCCCAAAUGUUGACUUUUGAAUUGAGCAUGCAUUCCAUGCACAAGAACACACAACACUUUGUUGUUUUCCCUUUUUUUUUUUUUUUUUUUUUUUCUUUGGGGUUAUGUUUAACUUAAUUAUUAUGAUUUUGGUGAGGUGAAAGAGUUAGCCUAGCCAACCUAAGAUGGCAACGAUGUGGGCAUUGAUGGUAUCUUUUGUUGCUUUGGUUUGUGUUUUCUGAGAUUGAUGUUAUUAGAGUUCUCCACUGAGAAAUGGGAUGGAGAUUUUGUACUAAUUGAGAAUUGUCAAUGCGUUUGUUUGUU